AUGCCUUCCCAGUGGACACAGCAUGAAGAGGACUCGUAUCGCCUUCCAGAGGGAUUUAAGCGAAUCAGCUACGAUGCGGACACGAGAAGAUAUACUUUCGUUGACACGAAUACGGGCGUGCACUACCAGGGCGAGCCAGAUGUCGAAUAUGGGCGACUGACCCCACUAUCAUCCUCGACGGCCUCAGUUGACCGUGUCCGGCCUGGGGCAUUUGCUCAUUCUAACAGAAGUGGAACUCUCCCUCCGUAUCCGGGCCACCAAGCCGCAGCCCCAAUGUCCUUCUCCGACAUCCUCCCACCAGAACUCAUAACGAGUUCAACGCUCUCCGGAAAGCAAGCCAACAAACGCUCUAUGUCUGCUUUCUCAUCAUCGACCAAGAACAAUGCCCCGCGCGAGCAACUCGUGGAGGCUGCCCGCCACACUGGGUUGCCCAAGUUGCAGGGCGUCGUGAACAGCCUCGGCCGUUCAAUGACAACCUUCCGCAAGCCCAAACCCACGCCCGGCCUACCUAGCACCUCAGGCCCAGGCUUCGGCGGUCGAUCUGGGUACCAGCCGAUGAACGGCCAUGACCAGGAGUCUCUCAACGAGCGAAGAGGCUUGAUCCGGAACCACUCGAUUGCGGAGUCGGCGUCAGGAAACAGCAUGGAUCGUACAUCAACGUCCUCAACCACGCGGGACUUAUGCUACGCUCAUAGCAAGCCCCGCCCUUCGUAG